AUGUCUGACGAUUGGUUUUCUUCCAAGCUCGCACCGGACGGCGUCGUUGAAGAUGGGUGUCAUCCUCAAGAGGCACAGGCGAUGAAAGACUACCUGCACCAGAAGACAACUGCAGCAGACGCCGCCCGAGCCAUCACCAACCCAAUCGUGUAUUCAGACAACCCCAGAGAGGAGCUCGUCCGCCUCUGGGGAUUUCUUAUGGAUUCUCUGUUAGAACUACCAUCAGAAUACAUCGAGUUAUUGCUAGAACUGCUUAAAGCAAUCGAGAACCUCGCAGAGGAUGACUUCACAGCUGUAGACGAGAACAAGCAGACCUCUGAGAAACUCUGGAAGGGUCUCCCGGGGUUCGGCAACCUGUGGGCCGAUUCAUAUCAAUCUGGGAGCUGGAGGAAAGCUGCCACGGCGGCUACAGGUCCGGAGCGUGACGCGUUACGAGACAUACACAUCAGGAAGGCAGAGAUUGAGGCGAGAUUAGUCACGGCUGGUCUCGCCGGUAUCCCGAUUGAUUGGGGCUACGAGGUCGUCGCGAACGCUCUAGAGAGCAGCAACGCGCUGCUUGAUUUUGAGGUUCCGGCUGCGGCAAGGUGGCUCGUCAUCUGCGGCCAGCGGUUUCGACAGGGAGUGGAGGUUGGCGAGAAGAGCUGGGCAUUGAAGUCGCAUGCUUCAGUGUCGUCUACGACCCCUUCGCGGGAUCUCUGGAAAGAGUCUUCGGAAGCGAUGAGUCUGGACCGAUGGUCGUCGUGGGAAAGGCGCCUAAAGGAGUUGCAGGGGCAGCAGGGAGUCGUUCAGGAUGCGGCGACAACGGCGCUCGGUGCCAUGAGCAAAGCAAUCCAUGAGCCAUCAUGA